AUGACCACAAUCCCAGAGGACAUGGACGAGUUCGUCAACUGGGAGGCGGCCGCUGCAGAAGUCGGCAACAUCUUCAACAUGUCCUCCCAGGAUGUGGCUGUGCCGCCUACCGACCCCAACCUGGAUCUGGAUCUGGUUCUGGAGAAUGCCGAUGACGACGACUUUGGUUUCUUCGCCCUCGAACACUUUUCGGGGGGGGCUGCUCCAGGAAUCCAGGCCACUGACAACCCGGUCGAUCUGGUUCACGACAGUCAGUUAACUAGUGCUCAGGAGGACUGGUGGUACACCCCUGAUGCGCCGUGUGACAGCUGCAUCCUUGGGGGCUACCAGUGCAAAAAGAUCAAAGAAGCCGGUUCGAGCGUCUAUGAGCAUUACUGCACGUCUUGCGUUGCCUUGAGGAGCGAGUGCAGCUUUGCCAAACACUUGCCCGCCACCGCUCGCCUCGGCCCGCUCGAACCGCUACCCUCCUCGAACCCCUGGCCUACCAUGGGAGACCACCCGCGCUCCGUUCGCGAGGACAGUGGCAUUGCGGACCUCUUGCACUCCCAAAACCCAUGGCCUGCCAUGGGAGACCCCCCCGGUCCCACCCGGGACGAUGGUGCCAUGCUUGCUGGCUUGCCGGCGACUUCAACGCCGGACCUAUUGCGGAGCCUGACGGCUUCCGCGUCCGCCGAUGAGCCAGCCGCCGCCGUACCGCCGACCAAGACGACGACCUCCGCCAAAAUCGGAGCCCGGUUCUCGCGGGAGUCUGUCCGUAUCUUGAAAAACUGGCUCUCGACGCACACUCGCCACCCUUACCCCAGCGACGAAGAGAAGGAGAUGCUCCAACGCCAGACAGGCCUCAACAAAACCCAGAUCACCAACUGGCUUGCCAACGCCCGCCGUCGCGGCAAAACACAGGCACCUCGAUCCACCUCACCCCACCCCCGCAGCUACAGCGGCGCUAUCGACAUCCCUCAGAGACGAGGAACGCCUGCCCCGGAUGGCAGAGUGCGCCACAUGAAUCCCUUGGAGCGUUGGGUCGACUCCCCUCCCGAAAACGAACCUGCCGAAGUGACCGCCAUCGCUCGCGCCGUUGCGUCCAGCUCCGGAGCGUCCUCAUCAGGUCUUACGAGCCCGUACAGCUUCAAUUUCACCGACGAUGGUUCUGGUCGGUCCCUCUGCAACGCCUCCUCGGCCAGCAGUCUGGGAACUUCCCACUCCAGCGGCGGCUCUUUCGCCUCCGCAUACUCACAUGCUUCCCGCGGCUCGUUCGGCUCGUUCGGAUCCUUCAAUCGUGGCCGCCGUCGCCGGAGGAGGCGUGCCGGUGCCAACCCCGUUGACGAGAAGACCUCUCUCGCCCCCGCUUCAAAGACCUUCCAGUGUACAUUCUGUACCGAAACGUUCAGAACCAAGCACGACUGGCAACGGCACGAAAAGUCCUUGCACCUUUCCCUGGAGAGAUGGGUCUGCAGCCCUGAUGGUCCGGUGGCUCUCAAUCCUGAGACGAAUCAGUUAUGUUGCGUCUUCUGUGGCGAAGCCAACCCGGAUCAGGCUCACACGGAGAAGCACAACCACUCCCAGUGCCAGGAAAGAAGUUUGGAAGAGCGCACCUUUUAUAGGAAAGAUCAUUUGAACCAGCACUUGCGCCUUGUUCACGACACCAAAUUCUCCGAAUGGUCUAUGAAGUCCUGGAAAGUCGCCACGCCAGAGAUUCGGUCACGAUGCGGUUUCUGUGGCUGUGUCCUCGACUCGUGGAAACAGAGGACCGAACACCUCAGUGAACAUUUCAAGGGCGGAACCACCAUGGCCGACUGGAAGGGAGACUGGGGUUUUGAAGCACCGGUGCUCGAAAUGGUUGAAAAUUCGAUACCGCCAUAUCUCAUUGACAAUGAGCGAAACUCGCCCUAUCCCUAUCAGGCCUCCGGCGCCCCUGCAGAGACGCCGCGCUCAGCUUAUGAGCUCAUCAAAGUUGAGCUGGCACACUUUAUGCAGAAUCACUACGACAAGUAUCACACUUUGCCUAGCGAUGAGCAGAUGCAGCUCGAGAGUUGCCGUAUCAUUUUCGCUUCUGAAGUCUUGUCCAUUAGGGAGAUCUCGUACCCCUUUUCGUGGUUGCGUGAUCUGUUGAUGGGAGACGACGACCUGAUGAGACAAGCGAAGAUAGGAAAGAUGCGAUCGCAGGCAGAAAACAGACUGUCGACCCUAAAGCUCAACGGCAAGGAUACUCUCUUCGAGCGUUGUCCCUUGGAAGAGCAACUCCACGAGUUUGUCAGGGCGAAGAGGCUACUGGGGCUAACGGCCAUGGAUGAAGAGUUGCAGACGGAGAGCUGUAACAUUGUUGGCCGCAUCGAGGAGGUUUCGACGGCACCCAGCGACUUCAUCGCCAGCUGGCUUGUACGAUGCAUCAACCGAUCCACCAACUGGCUAGCCAACUUCAGACAGCGGGCCCACCUUCCCAGAACCGAAGACAUCGUCGUCGAGAACGAGCGGUCGACCGACGCCACCAAGAUCGACUCGACCAUCCACAACUACAGCAGGCUGGAGCGUUCCUUGGCCGACUACUUGGAGAGACAGAGGAGCAUGGGCAUCGAACCUUGUAAUGACAGCCUACAGAGGGAGGCCAGGAUCAUUAUAUACGAGUUCGAUGACGGUUGGAACCAGACCGCCGCUGAUAAUCUGGACUGGCUUGCGGCAUUCCGACAUCGCCAUCCGUCUGCCUCCGUACAGGCCUCAAGCUUAACGACGACGCCUGCUUCUCAAAGCCAACUUUCUCAGGGUGGUAUUCAACAAGCCAUCUCCGAGACCUCCCCAUCGAAUGUUUCCUCCGCCAACGCCUCAAAAAGCUUGGCAUGUCCUUUCGUGACAGACGAAAUCGCCGGUGAUUACGGAGCACGCGAUCAGGCUCCUCACUCUCUCACCCAGACCGGCCCAUUUUUCCUCAACGACGCGAACUGUUUUCGUCGCUUGAUGAGAGAGCUAGCACGAUGGACUUCGAAAUAUCCGCCGGAAUCAAUCACGGAUGAGAUGCUUCAGCGACAGGCGAGAGUCAUCCUAUACAAUGAUGACGAUCCCUGGAACCAGACGGCGGCCGAUAACGCCGAAUGGUUGCUUCGGUUCAAGCGCGAUUGUGGCUUGAUCCGCGACCCCGGCCCCGGCCUGCCCCCUGGAGAUGCCUGGUCGCUUGCGCAAGGCGGCACCGGUUUCGCGCCCCCAUACGCCUUUCCCAAGGGCGCCAUGGCCCCCUUCAGCGAGAAGACAACGGAUGUGCCGAUCCGGAAUGUCAAGGUCUUUGAGAUCCAGUCGGACAUCACAAACCGCUACCUGGAAACGUUCAAGACCAGGUACCCGAAGCCGGCCACAAUCUUCUGCUCUCGCGAGCUUGAGGAUGGGCUCGUCAAGUUUGUCGAGACAGAGAUGGCACUUUCGGGGCAGUUCCCGGACGACGACUCUCUUAGAGCGCAUGCCUCUUUCAUACUAAAUGCUCCCGAAACCGCAGCGAACGAUUCUGCUUUGCUGGGCAAGUUCAAGGGUUGGAUGAUGACGAGGGGACAGCAGUCUGGCCAGCAGCAAAAACGACGGCAGCAGCAGCCUGUCCUGUUCCAUCCGCAGCCUCGAAUGCCAGCUCCGUCGGCAUCGGCGUCGGCGUCGGUGCCGACUUUGCCUACGGGCAUGGACCUGACGCUCUCGGACGCGGAGAUGAACAAUAUUCUGCGAGACAUGAACUUUGACCUGAGCACCGCGGACUUGGAGGGUCUCGACAUGAACAUGGGGAUGGAUUUCAGCGGCGAGGCAGGGCCUUCUUCCUAG